CAUAAACCCCUAACCACUUUCCUAUUGGCUUACGCUCAAGUAGAAUCCCGCCUUAUAUAUUGCACGUUCAGACUGUAUCGUCUGUACUUUCAGCUUAGCCGUCAUCUAAUACACGCAACAUGCCCACUAGUAACCAAUUUCUCAAAUGUCUUUUAUUACUGACUAUUGUCCCUCUAUCCUACGCUACAUUCCCGCGUAUCGGAGCUUUGAAUGUCCAAGAUUUUAAUCCUUCUAAAAUAGACAACAAAGCCAUUGUUGGUGUGCUUUUUAAGAUUGUUGCACGCUACGAAAUUGUUUUCUUACAACAAAUCAAAGGAAUGACUGAUGAUGAUGUGGAAACACUCAUGAGUAAAGUGAAACAACGUACAAGAGAAAACUUUGGCUACAAACUCAGUAAACCUCUUGGAGACGAUAAAGAACAAUAUGGCUUCCUUUACAGGAAAAAACACAUAAAGUACAGCAGUCAAACUCUUUCUAAGAAAACAGCAAAUAUGUUUCGCAGACCUCCGCUUGUUGGUACAUUUUCAUUGCCCUAUGAUGAUAUAACUGAAGUGACGGUCAUUGGUAUUCACGUGGAUUCAGAUAAUGUAAAGGAGGAAAUGGAUUCACUUGUUGAAGUAAUAAAUGAGCUGGAUAAGAAAGUUAGUCAGAAAAAUUUUGUCAUCAUGGGUACACUGAACACAGAUUGCCAAUACUGCAACACUGAAUGCAAAAAAGAUCUACUGAUGGUGAAGGAUAAGAAUUACAAGUGGUUGAUCUCUAAUGAUACAACAAUUGAGGAUAACAGCUGUGCUUUUGACCAGGCAAUUAUAACUGGCAGCAAUUUGAAACGUAUAGUUCAAAAUGCUGGUUCUGUCUUCCAGUUUGAUAAAGAAUACAAACUUUCAGCACAAAUGGCUGAAAAGGUCACUGUCCACUAUCCUAUAGAAUUUGCACUUCAAGUGACUACAGAGAAACCUAACUCAACUUUAAAAACACCACAACCUGAAGUAACUACAACCAGUGGAGGUUCAAAUUUGAUCAUUGAAAUUUCUUUAGGGCUUCUCUGCAUGGCUUUAUUACUCCUUUAAAGCUAGUCACACUCAAUGAAGCAUAUUUCUACACAAUAAAGAUUUUUUUCUGUAAUUUAAACUAAAACAAAAUGUGAAUUUGUAUUCUGUUGAAGAAAGUGCUUUUUUCUUUUUCAUUUUCCUUUAACAUAAUUGUUUGAAAAAUGUUAUAUUUUGUAAUAAAAUAUCAGUUCUGUAUUAUUUAAUCUCAUCUAAAACAUAUUGUGAAUGUCUUUCUUCAUAAUAAAGGAGGAAAUGAAUUUUAGGGAAAAUACUAAAAGUUAAAUAAUUUAAACAAGACAUGAAACAAUUUCUAGUUUAAUCUGCUUCCAAGGCUUAAAAUUGCUUAGACUUAUAUCUACACUUGCUUGUAAGAUUACAGCCACAAGCACUAGAGGGAAAUAAAAGAUGUAAAUGUCAGUUCGUAAAUAAAUCACAUUCUAACUUUCUAAUUGCAAAGGAAAGGCAUUCAUAAGAUGGUUGUGGAAAACAUCAAAGAGUAAACAUAAGGUCACUUUUGCAGUAAUAAGAUUACUGUGUUAAAUAUUUUCAAGGUUACAAAUGUCACAAAUAAAUGUCCAGGAAGCAAGCUUUUAAAGCGUUUCCAAAACAUACAUACUGAGUUUGAUAAUCUCAUUGAAAUACAGACCAAAGUUGUGAUGAAAUGAAAAUAAACUGACAAAAACUAACCUUUAAAAUGUUUUUAAAAAUAUAAUUCAAAGUAAAAUCACAGACUUGAUGAAUAAUCCACUCCCUUCUUUUCAUUACUGCCGACAAAAUUUACAUUUUUAAAUAGCAAAAUUUGUCUUCACUACAUUUUUCUCAAAAUUCCUUAGCUUAUUUCUGUUCUAGGCAUCCUUUACCAUCAGCUUAUACCAUUUCAAUAUCUAUUUUCAUGUCUACAUUUUCUGUUUGCUACAAAUAAGUAACAUUUUUGCUGUUUUAUACUCAUUCGACAUUAGCAUGGAUAGAAUGAUUUUGCAAUAUUUCCAGUAUAUUGAAGCAAUUCUUUAUACAAAUGGAUGCUCUUCUGCUGCUACCUACACAACUACAAAGAAUGGGGUUUGUCAGCCAGGUAUGUUGAAGCAACCAAGAUUGCAGAUAAUGGUUAUAGUAGAGGUUGACCACAUGAUCAUAUAUAGUCUUAAUUUUUAUCAAAUGUACCAUCAUAUUUAGAUGUCUUUUAUUUACACUUUCUUUCUUGCAAAAGUGUUUUUUUCUACUUAAGUGUGCAAAUUUUACUUUCAGAAAAUCACAUUAGAUUUGCAAAAAUCUUACAAUUUCAAAUUCAUCGCCACCCUCUUAAUAUUUCUUUCACUUUCCAUCUUUUUACCAACUUUUCAUGUUUUCCCCAGCACUAUUCACAUUUCACUGUCUCAAUAACUAACAUCUCACUGCCAAUACUUUUUAACUACACCAUGUUUCCUUCACUUUUACUGUUCACACACAUCACUCCCCUUAAUUAAAUUGCAUAUCAUGCUAAAGAAUCAUAACUUGAAGACAUAGAUAUCAUUUUGAAUAACUUGAUACAAAGAAAACUCAAUAAUUAUAGUUUUCUUUAAUCCUCUCAAUUAACAUUUAUUGAAAUAAGAUUAAUUUUGUGUAAGAAUAUACAUUUAGUCUUGCUCUAAAACAAUGUUGAGAAACCGUGCAUCCUGUGUUGAAAUUUCAGUUUUCUUGAGUUGCAUUCAGCCUCCCAUAUAUUCCUUAGUUCAGUGUGAACAUCUGAAUUAUCAUCCAGAUUUGACAAGAAGAGCACAACAAAAAAAAAUAAUAAAUUUCAUAUAAGACAUAUAUUUAGUUCAUCACUGAAGUAAUUUUGUGCUUUAAGAAAAUAUUUUCUUACAUUUCAAUAACUGUCAAGUGUUUGUUUAAAUGAUAGUGUAUAAUAGUUUAAAAAGUGCAGAUAAUAUAAGACAGAAAUACAGUAUAACUAGCACAUACUGAGUAUAUACUGUUUGGAAAUUCCCAUCCAUCAUACUUUACACAAAAGCUAAGUAGCUGGGUAGAUAAGGUACUAGACAACCUGUUCAUUUAGCUAUCAGGACUAGGUACGAGAUUAUCAAGGAUAGCAUCUAAAAUUAGUAUCAUAUCAAAGAAAACAUUUAUCGCUCCUUUACUUCACAUCAAGUGAGCUAAACACCAGAGUCUGAGAUUUAGAAAUAUGUUAUUUGUAGCAAUACCAGUGACAGAAUUAGUUUAUUGUCUGAAAAAAUUUCCAUGAACAAACAAUAUUUCAAUUGCUAAUAUAAAAAGCAAAAGGCUUGAACCUGUCAUAAGAACACUCUCCAUAUCCAAAAUUUUUUGUUAAAAUGUGUUGUUAAUCCUGUUCUACUUAUUUCUAAACAUCUUUGUGCAUGAAUGUAGCAGUUCUUAUAAGUUACUUAUUUAUAACAAUUUCUAUGUUACACACAAAAAACUAUACGGAAAUAGAAUUGAGAAAAAAAAAAUAGUACUUCUACCAAAACAGAAAACCAUGUAAAAUUUGGUUUGAAUGGAAUAAAAACAUUAGAGAAAA